AUGGAUCCAUUCGCCACAAACUACUUUAAUGAGUAUGCUGCCUAUGACAAUGGCAUGGGUACUGGUACUGGCACCGUGAACAGCGACAGAAGUGGACCAAGCUUUCCUGGAUUCACCAUACCACCACAAUCUUAUUAUAAUGCACACAGAGCCUCUGAUCCAGGCUACUUUGCCCGUCCAAGUCUUCCUGCAGAAGAUUCUCUGGACCUCUCACGCUUUGAUCUUCUCGCCCGAAGCGCGGUGAACACGUUGCAGGUGCAAGAUGUUAUCAAGCCUGCACAUAACACGCCAUGGGUUGGACCACAACAACACCGCGUUAGGCGCGAAUCUUAUCGCCGUCCAACUCUUCUUCGUAGCCCGUAUGCGAAGUCCGAACCCUUGCUGAGGCACGACGUCUACUCUGAUGCUGCGGACUCUGCAUACACUUCUCAGUGGCCUGGGAUGCAAUCAGCCACAAAUCACUACAACAUGAACAUGCAUGAAUUGGAGCAGGACUACCAACCAUUGCCAGAGGUAUUAUCUCCUACUGGUGGUGCAGAAAAUCAGAGCACCGUCUCGGAUGGGCGUCUGAUCAACGGUGCGAAAGCGAGGAAAUGCAAAAGACCAUUGACACAAUGUCUACAGUGCGGCCGCCAGCCGCGGAACUUGUCUGACUCCAAGAAGCACGCACUCACACACACGAAGCCUUAUCGGUGUACCGAGCAGGACUGCACCCGCAAAGAUGGUUUCGCCACUGAAAAUGACCUGCAACGACACCGUAAGAGUGUACACAACCUCCUCCCAACAGUCGGAUCACCAGCUGGAUACAUCUGUGCCGCCUGCAUACCAGAGGCCGAUGCCCCGUCCAAGUUCUGGCCACGCAGGGAUAAUUUCAAGGCGCACAUCAAGCGCAAGCAUCCUCAUCACCAUGAGAGCACUCUCAUCGAGGCCUCAAGAAGAAGGCUUCGACCUGGGGACGACCGAUCAACGCAGCUUGAUUCCAAAUCCGUUAGGGACGACAUGCACUCUGCCCAGAGUUCACAAGCUGGCCGGAACGAGAACACGUACGAUUUGAUCAAAACCCCUGGACUGAGCGCCGAAUCGUCCUUUCAGUCGGAAUCUGGCGGGGUCUUUGGACCCGAGUCUGGCCUUGCCAUGUCGAACGAACAACCACUCGUCGGCAUGCAGGGUCACACAGUUGACCAGUACGGCAACAUGUCAAUGCUUCCAAUUGGCUACCGUGGACCGAAAGUGGAGGAUUACAUCAACGAAGCAGCUGAAGCCAACUAUCAUGGCAACCAGCCCAACAGGUUACUGACCAUCUUGUCAGAAGCUGCAAACAACCUGGACUACAGUGCCAAUCCCUUCUGCGUUUCGGAAACUAAGCAGCCACGAAGACAUGCCCCAGAUUAUGGACAGCCAGACCUGAACUAUAAGGAACCCGCAUCAUAUCCUUGCCAGCACCCUGAUUGCAWCAAGGUCUCGACCCAUGAGUACGGUUUCCCGCACGGCCACCGAGUUUCCUCAGCAUCAUGA